GCUCUGCGUCCGUCUUCAGAGGAGGACGAGCUCAGCCAAUCGUGGAGCGUCAAAACAACAACAACAUGAAAGUGACACUCGUUUCCGUAAUAUUCGUCCUGUCUGUUGCUGGCGUGACCGCCUUCUACGGCCAGGAGGAGACCUCUGUCCCGCAGCACCAGGCUCCAGCUGAAACCCGGUCCCGCUUCGCUGCCCUGGACGACGUGCGUCUCCUGGCCAACGGCCUCCUCCAGCUGGGCCACAGCCUGCGGGAGUUUGUGCAGAGGACGAAGGGACAGAUCAAUGACAUCUUCCAGAAGCUGAACAUCUUCGAUCGCUCCUUCUACCAGCUCUCAGUGCUGACCAGCGAGAUCAAGGAGGAAGGGGAGGAGCUGAAAAAGACCACGGUGGUGCUGAAGGCCAACAGCGAGGAGAUCAAAGGCAUGUCCGCUCAGAUCAACUCCAAGGUGGAGAACAUCCUGCAGGAAAGAAGUCAGUUGGAGAGCAAAGUGGACGUCCUGGAGAUGAGGCUGAGUAGUCUGUCGCAGGGUUUGGUGACCAGCGAGCAAGUGGCAGAGAUCAACGACCUCAAGGCUGUGAUUCACAGUCAAGAGAGGAGCAUCACUGAACUGCUGAAGGCCGUGAGGGAUCAAAGUGACCAGAUCAACUUCCAGAAGACGAAGAUCAAGAAUUUAGAGGAGAAGCUGUCAGUCAACACCUUGGCUCAGGAGACCAUCGAAGGGAUGUCUGAACCCUUCAACAACGAACCGCCAACUCUCACUCCGUUUUCCUCCGUCUCCCACUUGUUCAGAGACGCGGAAACUGCCAGUGAUCUUUGCUCCCUUGUCUUUGUGUUUUUGUUUUUUUUUUUUUUUUUUUUUUUUUUUCUUCCAGAUUACGGUGCUACGGUCAUCCAGAGAAGAAUAAAUGGGUCCGUGAAUUUUGAUCAGACAUGGGAGAAGUACGAACAUGGGUUUGGAGAUUUACAGGGAGAGUUUUGGCUGGGCCUUGGGAAAAUUCACACUCUGGCUGCCCAGGGCAACACGGUCCUGGACAUCCAGCUGGAGGACUGGAAACACAGCAGGCAUUUCGUCAAAUACCGAUUCUACCUGGAGGGCCCGGAGAGCAACUACACCAUUCACCUCAAGUAUUUGUCUGGAGAUUUGCCGGAUCUCAUGGGUAACCACGCAGGUGUGACGUUCUCCACCAGAGACAGGGACAAGGACGGUCACAGAGACUCUAACUGUGCCCACCAACAGACAGGUGGAUGGUGGUUCAACGUCUGCGGAGACACGAACCCAAACGGUCGGUAUUUCCACGUGAGACCGAAGGGACGUUCCGAGCGAAGGAGAGGAGUUCAGUGGAAGUCCCCCCAGAAAGUGUCCUACUCCUUUAGGCUAACGCAGAUCUCGGUCCACCCCGGACCUCCCUUUUUCCCUACUCCUGCUUCUCCGUCUUCUUUUGCUUUUUUUUGAUGCAGCCAGCGUGAAUGGGUGUCAGACAAUCUUGGAGACAAAAUGAAACUGUGUCCUCUGUAUGUAGUUUCAUUUUGCCGUCCACAUAUUUUUAGGUUCUAGGAAAAGAAAAAAUCCGUCCAGAUUGUAUUUAUUUCAUUUUAUUAAUUACCCGAUAUGCCGACAUUGUCCAAACACGAUGUGUUAAAACAUAGUUCCUCAAUUAUUUUCUGCCCCCUAGAGGACAGAAUUGAAAUACUUUCGAGCGCCUGGUAAUAUUUAUUUAUUUAUCUGUAUAAACCACUCUAAAAGUUGGUCGGCCAAAACUAUCGGACAUCCAUUAUGAUAACCUUCUUUGAGCUUUAACCCAUCACAUAAUGAUGGGUUAAAACAGAGUUUCUCAAUUAUUUUUCUUCAAUGCCCCGCCCCCUUAUUUUUUUAAUUAUAAUAAUUGAAUAAUUGAAAUACUAUUAAGGGCCUGUUAAUAUUUAUUUAUUUAUCCGUACAAACCACUAUAUUGAGAUGCUGACACCAGCAUUCUGCAUAAAAAUAAAAUGAGCUGCAAUGCUGCCAUCUAGUGUCUUUCACUUUCACAUACAGCCGGUUUUCCCCCCAAAACUAUUUUCAGGUCACGCAUCAUUUGACAAAACCCGGCAUUGCAUUAUCGAGUUUUCGUAAUGGGAGGA